UUUGAUGUUUAAUAAAAGCAGUUUUGAAUUGUUUAUGCCCAAAUAACAAUGUUGUUGGGAUCAGGGGUGUAAAAUGCUGUUGUAGGGACUACAUAAGCUCUAGCGGGGAUUGGAGAUUAAUUGAAGGAAGGGUGGGUAGUUGGAAGUUGAUGUAAAAGGUGGUCCUCACAGCCUUCCGACAGGAAACAAAGAAGCAAAUUGACUAAUUUCCAAUUAAAACAACAAAUUCAUAUUUCAUUACCGUUGGACUUCAAAACCGAGUGGCACGUUCGUCUUGACCUUCAACUUCAAUCACUUCACUAUGCAUUGCUAGUCUUCUUCCUUUUUCAUUUUACUUUCUUCACUUCAAAUUUUCCAAAUUAUUAUUAUUAUUAAUUUUUAUUUUCAAUCCUUAUAUUAUAAAAAUGUAUUUUAAUUUUUGGAUGACAGUAAAAAUCGAAGCUGAAGUAAGUAACGGUAGUAACAUAAAUAAGGUCGUUGCUAAAUAGCGGCGGUGAGUUCCGUUGCGUAACUUCUUUUCAUAGGAAGAAAAGUCCAUGGCCUAUAAAUUGUAAAAUACAGAGCUGGCGACAAAAUAUGAAACCAGAAAAGUGGGAUUUUGGUAACUGCGACGAAAAAAAAAGGCUGAGACCAUUCUUUUUCCUCCCUAUAAAGAAGAAAUCGAAGUGAACAUCAUCCAAAAGCUAAAAGCAACAAAACCCACUUUUUCUUGCUCCUCUCCUCUUCUUUUUCAUCUCUUCGAUCCAACCCCCUUUAUAUACUUCUGCCAUCAACAUGUUUUCUUGAUCUAACGAGUUGUUGUAGCAUCUAAGAGAAACAGGUUAAAAGUCAACAUGGGCAAUUGCUUUGGAUCUCCCUUUCAGGAUGCUAUUCCUAGCUUCUCUUUCACCACUACCAAUACUCACACCCCUGGGUCAUCAAAUAGCAACACCACCAUGGAUUUCUCUGCCACGAGCAGCAGUGCAGGGAAAAGUCAAUUCUCUGCUGCAGUUAGUGAAGUGAAUGAAGAGACAAAUCCAAACGGUCAAAUAUUGGAAGCACCAAACUUGAAGGAGUUCACCUUUGCUGAUUUGAAGAGUGCCACAAAGAAUUUCAGACCAGACACUUUGUUGGGUGAAGGUGGUUUUGGUAAAGUCUACAAAGGAUGGAUAGAUGAAAAGACUUUUGCUCCAUCCAAAAGUGGUAUUGGUAUGGUGGUUGCUGUCAAGAAAUUGAACCCAGAAAGUGUUCAAGGGUUUCAAGAGUGGCAGUCAGAGGUGAACUUUCUAGGCAGAUUGUCUCAUCCCAACUUGGUUAAAUUGUUGGGUUAUUGUUGGGAGGAUAAAGAGCUACUCCUUGUGUAUGAAUUCAUGCAGAGGGGAAGCUUGGAGAAUCAUCUUUUCAGAAGGAAUCCUGCCAUUGAACCCUUGUCUUGGGACUUAAGGCUCAAGAUAGCCAUUGGAGCAGCUCGAGGUCUUGCUUUUCUUCAUACUUCAGAUAAGAAAGUCAUUUACAGAGAUUUCAAGGCCUCAAAUAUACUGCUUGAUGGGAAUUACAAUGCAAAAAUAUCAGAUUUUGGCCUGGCCAAAUUGGGGCCUUCAGGCGGUGACACACAUGUGACAACCAGGAUUAUGGGAACUUAUGGGUAUGCUGCUCCUGAGUAUGUUGCAACAGGUCAUUUAUAUGUUAAGAGUGAUGUGUAUGGGUUCGGCGUGGUGCUGCUUGAAAUGCUGACAGGCUUAAGAGCGCUUGAUACAAAACGUCCAAGUGGGCAGCAAAAUUUGGUUGAUUGGUUGAAACCAAUUCUCUCGCAGAGAAGAAAGUUAAAAGACAUUAUGGAUGUAAGAAUAGAAGGUCAAUACUCUUCCAAGGCAAUGUUACAAGCAGCACAACUUACUUUAAAAUGCCUAGAAUCGGAUCCUAGAAGCCGUCCUUCCAUGAAAGAAGUUUUGGAGGCAUUGGAACAAAUAGAUGCAAUCAAGGAAAAACGAAAACCCAGGGGGACCAAAAGUAUUUCUGGUUCCUCACAUUCUUCUACUUCUCGCAAACCUUACCGUCAUCGUUACCCACUCCACUCGAGACCUCAGGACGCCUAAAUACAAGCAGGAUGCCAUUGUGACUGACAAAAGGGUGAAGGUAAAAACAUGUUGGAUUCAACAAGUUUUUGUGUUUUGACAAAGUCAUUUAUACUGUUAUUUUUUAUUUGUUUCAACUUGUGAUUAAAUGAUCAUAUUUUUUAGUAAUUCCUUUUAGUUUAUAGCAAAUUUUGUCAUAGUUGCCAUUUAUGCUCAAAAGAGAUGAUCAGUGCUGUAACUCAUAAAGAAGCUUGAUUUUCCAAUGUAAUUGUGGAUAGAGUCAGAAAAUUUUCUUCUA